AUGCACACCGUGCAGCUGGUUCUGAUGGGCGCGGAAGUGGUCGUGGAAACCGGCGGCGUAAUCAACAAAUUGGGUUCUUUGCAAGUGGGCGUGCUCGCUAAAACGUUCAACGUGCCCGUGUAUAUCGCCGUGGAGUCGUACAAAUUCGCGCGAAUCUACCCGCUGAACCAGAAAAGCGUGCCGGUGUCGGAAGCAGAUCGGCAGAUUAGCGAGAAAGCGAGGCCGAAGGAGCUGGAUGAAGGCGUGGAGUUCGGGGCGGCGAGGUGUGAUUAUUUGCCGCCUGAGUAUAUUACGUUUUUGGUGACGGAUUUGGGCGUGCUGGCACCGCCGUCGGUGUCGGAUGAGUUGAUUAAGUUGUAUUGGUGGGUUGUUUGUUGGAAAUGCGAGGAAGUGGGGAGAGAGAGAGAGGAGAAUGGUGGGAGGAAUGUACGAUUGGGAGGAGGGAGAAUUCAAUGA